UUGAUAAUGACCAGUAAAAGCAUUGAUUUUCCAUCUCAUAAAACAUGCGAUAAUUGUCAUAUGCUCAAAGAAAUUACUGAAUUUCUUAAAAAUAAUAAAGCCUUAGUUUGGUGUCAAUCAUACAUUGAUGAAUUUGUGUAUAACUCUUUGAUUUCUUUAGAAAAUACUAAUAACUUUUAUGAAAAUGAUAAUGUCGAAUUGGUGAUUAGUUUUGAUGUCGAGUUGUCUUCUCUUAUUACUACAAUAUUAGAUAAGAAUAAAGAAAAUUUUAAUAAUAAUGAAAAACUUUACCUUGAAGUUGCUUGUCAUAUAGCAAAAUUUAUUGAAAAUAGAGAUGAAACGACUUUGGAAAUUUGUGAAUUUAUUAGAAAUAAUAUUAAUUAUUUGGUUCCAGAAUUACAUCGACAAAUUAAAGAAAAACAACUCAAAGGAUAUGAAAAUCUUACAGAAAUUAUUAUUGAUAUAACUACUUCAACACCAGCUCUUGGAUUUCUUACUGUACUUUUUUAUCAGCUUCCGCGUAAUAAUUUUGAUGCAAUUCAAAUAGACACAACUUAUGGCACUAACAAAAUGAGAUGGGAAUUAUAUGCGAUUAUGGGUGUGAUUGAUGAAACUGGUUUUCCUAUAAGCUACCUGUUAAUUGCUGCAGGAAAAAGCAGGGAUAUUACAACAAUUUUAAUUCAAUGGAUAAGUGAAUUAAAAAAUAGGCAAUUAGUAAUUUUCCUUUCAUUUCGAUGGAUAAAAACUUCAGCGAUAAAACAAAGAGUAGCAUUAAACCAACCAAUUUCAAAUUAUUUAUAUGAUCCAAUUGUUGUAUAUCAAGAAUGUUCUGCCAUUGAUCCUUGCUAG